CUCAACCCACAUCAUCAUAACUCUUCUAAAGAGCACUUGAACUAGUCCAGUGCUUCACCAUGGCUCCCCGACUGAGCUUCGGUCUGAGUACCCUGCUCGCACUGGGGCUUGUCCUGCUUCUGCUCCCCUGCCAAGUCCAUGCUUUUGGUGCCGGCAACAUCGCAUCUAUCUCAAAGGUCGAAGGCAAGAAUUGGCGCCAUGGAGAUAUCGAGGACAUGCUCAAGACUAUCGCCUUCAUCAAGGGUCAUAAAUGGACCUCGAACAUGGUCAAGCGGGUGUACUUUGGAAACUGGUUGAGAGAUUACUCUCAGGCUAUGGACGUCGGUACCCUCAAGAGUCUUCCCGCCGAUACUAUACGCAUCCUUGUCUGGAUCCUUUCGUUCCUGUCGUUUGGCUAUGCGACGGCUGAGUUUGAGGUUACGGCUGACAGGCUCGGGGUUUACCGGCCAGAGGAGCAUAUUGACAACCCCAAAGAUUAUGCCGAUAACCUGGAUGCUCGCCAAUACGACCAGCGCCUGCGCGGGCCUAUUCGACAAAUCGAACUCGAAAUCGACCCGGAGACUGGGAUGAAGAACUAUAUUGCCAAUGAGAAAGGAGACUGGGCUACAAGUGCGGCGUAUAUCAAGUACAGCUUAGCUCGCAGCAUUCAUUAUGGGAGAUUGUAUACCAGCGGUGGACACCGCAAGGGCAACGAGGAGGAUCUUUUCGAAGCACUUCGAUGUCUCGGCCAGGGUUUGCAUACCCUUGAGGAUUUCGCAGCGCACACAAACUACUGUGAGCUUGCCCUCCGGGAGAUGGGCUUCCACAAUGUGUUCCCGCACACCGGCACCCAGACCCAGAUGAAUAUCCGCGGCCAUCAUGUCUAUCCGUUGGUCACGGGAACUUUCGGCAUGGUUGACUUCUUUCAUUCGGUCCUUGGAGAGGCGUCGGAUCAUUUUACUCAGUCGGAGAUUAAUGAGAUGGAUAUUGCGCUUGGAGAUGCACAAUCGAGCUCGUCCGCCAAUUCUUUGAACUCCCUUACAGGGCUUUUAGGGAAGGUUCCGGGAUGUGGUGAUCUGGUCGCUGAGGCAGAGGCACUCAAACGCCGUUCAGAAGCCCAGCAGUCUUCAAACAGCCGCAGUGGCGCUGACCUUGGCUACGCGGCUGGCCAGUUCACUCGCUCGUUCAACGAUGACUCGGAGCAAAGCCGUGGCGUGCACGAGCAGAGCAGGGCAGAUGCACCGUCAGGAGCUAACAAGCCCACCGGCUUACCUGGAAUGCCAGAUUUUAACCCAGCGGAAACCAUUGCGAAAAUCUACCCUAUCCUCGAAUUCCGUGACAAGGUCGUCCGAAAGGUCUCGUCAAUCAUAGAGAAGAUUCCCGGGUUGGAGGCCCUCGUCGAGAAAAUCACCGAAACGUUGACAGUCUUCAUUAUGUCUUUGCUUGCUCCUUUCAUCCGCCCUAUUAUUAACGCUGCCUCCAAGUCCCUACAAACCGGCUCUGCUGGCGUGAUUGAAUCUUCGGGGAAGCAUCAGUUUGAACCCUGGACUAACCCGCACUGCACUGACCCAACACAUUCCAUGCUGUCAAAGGACCAUUUCUCUAACAUUCUUAACGAGCCUGCUGGCCUUGUCGCGUCCGCCAUUCUCAAGUACGUUACUCCCCGCGUACUGCACGCCUGGGAGAACAUCAACAUAUCAGAACAGCAAGUUCUCCACGAUGCCCUAGAGGUGUUCCACCACCCUGCGCUCCGGAACAUGCGUAAUGAGGCCCAUCGCACUAUGUUCGAGGCCGUUCAAUCCUGGGUCCACGCAAUGCCAGACCGAGGCGCCAAACUCAAUGAUAUCCUCAGCUCCGAGGGUGUCAAGACCGGGAAGAACAACGGCGGACAGGUCGGUCAUGGCUCCCAUUCCCACGCGCAAGGCGGUUUCCCCGCCCUAGGUGGUGCUGCUGCUGCACAUGGUCAUAGCUACGGUAGUCACAGCUAUGGCCAAACUUCCAGCCAUAGUUACACACCCCACACCCAAUCCCAGCAACAGCAGCAAAGCUCCAGUUCAGGGUCAGGGCUUCCCUGGGAAAAACUCUCCGACCAACUAAGCGGCCUGCCCAUCCCUGGGAUUUCGAAUAUCAAUAAGCUCAGCAAUAAGCUCUCCAGCUUUGGCUUGGGAGGUUCAUCCCGAGACGAAAAGGAUAAUACACCCCCACCGCAACAGCACCACUAUGAGCCUUCAUAUAACCAACAGUCUUACCCCUCCCAUACCCCUCCCCCUCCACACCAUCAGCCCGGACGCUACGGCGCCCCAUCUUACGACGGUGGGUAUGGCCAGCCGCCGCAUCAUCAGCAACAUCAUGGACAUGGGUAUGGCCACCCGCCUCCUGCUUCUCAAGGAUAUGGACAUGAUUACGGUCAGGGACAUCACCAGCAUGAGCAUCAUCAACAUGGCCAACACCCCCACCAUCCUCCACAGGGACAUGGAUACGGAGGUGGAGGCGGAUACGGUGGUGGUUAUGGAAGCGGAUACAGGUACUAG